GGAAACCUAAACGGGCUGGUUAUUAUAAGGGACCAGUUCUGGGCCUGCCCAUUCUUUCGAGCCAUGGCGUGUUUUCUCUCUCUUCAUACCAGCUGACAAAGCUUGGUUAGUUUCCUUGGGUCAUUACUGCGGCUGCUGAGUGAUGAAGCACGAUGCACGACGAUCACCCGCUCACCUUGCUACCGUUUCCUACAGGGGUUGAGGAUGCUUUUAUAAAUACGACCCCGACGCCUAACUCGCUAUCUACUCUUAAUGAGGCUAUAGAGCCACCCUUCAGCUCAUUUUAACUGACCGACGAGGUUGCUACUACUUUCACCAUGCUGAGUCGAUUCGUAUGUUUUGUUGCCAUUUGCGGGACGCUUGCUCGGGCGUCUACGGGCACAAGCUAUUCCUUCAAGACCCAAGGACAAUGCUCGACGGCAUGGGGCAGUGGAGGGACAGUACCGAUGUCUCUCCCGACUUCGACAACUAUCAGCACCGUCUCGUCGGUCCUCACGGGUGAAGCGGUAACGGUUCCUUCCACGGCCAAGGUUACCACCGACGUUGUCACGACAACGGUACUUACGCAAACCUCAUGGACUUGGACCGUAUCGACAGUCACCGUACCCACGACAACCGUCUGGCAGGGGGCUCAAUCGACAGUGGCUACAGCCUCGUGGCCCACUACUAUAUGCACUAACGAUGUGACUCCGUCUACCGUGACGGAGUACAGCGGUAGUUAUACUCCCAUCUCGGGUCAAGUAACUACUGCGCCGGCUUCGUAUCCUUCGCAGGUUGUGUGUAGGACUGGGGUGACGUGGUUCACGUAUCUAGUCCCAACCACGACGUCCGGGGUGACGACGGUGACGGUGACGCCUACAAGUACAGUAAUCGCUCCCACCACAACUACCACGGUCACUGCCUCGUAUUACACCUCUACCAAAUUUGAAACCACGGUUACAAGCGUCACAACAUCGUACCGCGUCGCCACGAGUAUUGUGACCGCUAGCACAGCGUGUGAGGCUUCAACCACUACGACAUUUGCAGCUAAGUGUGCGCCAACGAAUGUCAUCGCGGGUAUUGGGGAGUUUGGCCUCGUGUCAGGAAAGUAUGCGGAUAAUAUUACUGUUAUUUACAUUCCCGAUGAAAGAUUCAACGAUCCCGGUGUUUGCUGUCAGCUCUGUCAGGAUAAUGAUGGGUGUGUUGGUAUGAUGGCGGGAAUCUCAGGAUUCUGUGGGCUAUACUACGUCGGAAGCCCGGACGGCGGUCCGGCAUGUGAUUUUGGCUUCACGUACCAAACUCAAUCUAACGUGUUCCCGGGACAAGGUCUCUGGGUACAAUCUGGGUGUGGAGAAAUUGAAUAUUCUGGGAGUGAUGGGGUAUAAAGAUGACAGAAGAGAGAAAUUGAACACUUCUAAAGAAUUUGGAGGAAAAUGACUAGCCUAAUCGUGGGUCUUUACCGAAUGAUAUACAUACCAGUAUUUUACACCGCUAUAAGUGAAGCUCAUUUGUGUCCCGCGUAGCUAAUAUCCACAGUUGUAUGACGGUUUACUUCGGUGGUGGCGGGGUUAGGAGUUAAUAGUUCGUGUUUCUAAAGCAGUGUGUUGGUGGUCACCUUCCUUUAAGAGUAGUCCCUUGAUCAUUGAUUUCCGCGUGCCGAAACCGAAAUUAUUGUGUGUAUUGAUAGCUUUGAACGUUGCUCAAAAAAUGAUUCCGUUUUGCUC